UUAGCCAGGCAGGUCUCAAACUCCUGACCAAAGUAGUGGUAUUACAGGCAUGAGCCACCGCUCCCCGCCUGCUUCACUGAUUUUUAAGCAUUGAUUCCAUCUUCCUUCACAUUUUAAGUUAGUGUUUUUUUUUUGUUGUUGUUGUUUUGUUUUUGCCUAGAUUCUCAAAGGAUUCCUCAUUUAAAUCUUUGAAAAACAACAAUUUUACUAUUGCAGUAUUUAUCGUCAUGAGUCUGCGUCAGCUUUUCUUAGGAAGGGGUAUGUCCUUUUUUGGGGGGGGGAAGGGGGUCCAAUCCUGACUCUGUGUUUCAGUAAUGAGGUCUGAAAGCUUCAAAUGUUUCCAGGAAGGGACUAUUGGGUUUGCUUUUCUGACUGUUAUGUAAUUUAGAGAACUGAACUGAUAGUUUUGAGUUUGGAAGAUGCAAGCCAUUUCCCUGGCUUGAGCUCUCCCAGCAUCCCUCUUUACCUUCACUGUAUUUAGUAGCCCUUCUCAUAUAGUAUGGUUAGGGAUAUGUCCUAGUUUGUUGGAGAUGUGGUUUGUGUUUCUGUUUCGCACUCUCCUCUCCUAGUUGUUUUCAGAUAUUUUUAAGAGGAAUAGGGGACCAUACAAUCUUUAUCCUGCCAUUUCAAAUCAGAAAUACCAAGAGUUAUAGGUCAGUCCAGUUUUGUUAGAAUUAAGAUAACUUUACUGGAAGGAAUAAAAUACGUGCUGAUGUUUUCUGAAAGCCGAAAAUAGUUCAUUUUUAGAGGCUCUUUUGGAUAAAUUUUUUUUUUUAUUAAACAAAAUCACAAUAUAACAUAUAAGUUUGAUUAUAUCAGUUUGUAGUUAUGAAGUCUUAUGCAUUAGAAAACAUUAAGAAUGAGACUAGUAAAUCUAGAAUUAAGAAUUAAGCAUGAGACUAGAGACUAAUGUUAAAGACUAAAAACUAAAGUUAGGGAUUCGUUUUAGAGUGCUCAUCAGUUCUUCAGUUUGCCUUAGAUGAAGAUUCUUCUUUCAACUGAAUCUGAUAAACUUUCAUGUACUAAAUUCUGCUUCUAGAAUAUUUUUAAGUCCUUUGGCUUAAUGAAUGUUAGUUCUGGAAUAAUCUGGUAUUCUGAAUGGCAUCUUGUUUUUCAAGGGAAAUGUCCAUCUAUUUUCCUCACUUAAUUGGCACUAUAUUAUUGGAAGAAAUUUCUCUUUUAAAUAUUAGAAUGAUAAAAUACCUAUAUGAUAAAAUACCUAUAUGUUAAAAGAAAUAUGUUUGAAAAAUUUUGAUAGCUGUUGGGCAAGCCUCCUUCUGUUCUUAUUUUUUAACAUAUUCUUAUAUUCAUUUGACUGAGUUUCAUUUUACCUGUGGCACCUGAGAGAAGCUAAGUAUUUUUUCCAUCCCAUUUCUUUUAUGUGACUAUGUAUUACUUUCUUAGUCUCAAAUACGAAAGCACAUCUAGCAGCCUCAUGGAAAAUUUUAAUGCUUGGUAGAUUAUUGGAGCUUUCAGUUUUUAGCCUUUGUUACUGUAGUUCUUGAUCAUUCCAGUAUUUUUUAAAUCUUACUUACUUUUCUAAUAAAUUAUAAUAAAAUUUGAUCAGUGUUUUGUCUGAUAAUAGUGCCUGUGUUUACUACAAAGUAAGUAAUUGUACUUUGAGCAGUUGAAACACUUUGAGAUAUUGAUAGAUAUUCCCCAAAAGGGUUUUUUGAUCCAAAUAAAUUUGGAAUAGCUUGUAUGUAACAAAAUAAUUACUUUGUGAAGAAUGUAUAGAACACUAGUAAUUUCUGCUAUAAAGAAAGAAUAUAAUUACAUUGGAAACACAUCUCAAACCUAUUUGAUAAUGAACUAAGUUGUAGAAAUACAUUUUGGGAAAUGCUGAGAAUAUAUUAUAGAAUAUUUUCAGAUCAGUGUAUUGUUAGGGUAUUCCAAAACAUGUAUUUGCAUGGCAUUUGCUUUUUAAUAGGGAUAAAUGAUAAUUGCUGUCCCAGGAUGUAAAUAUAAUCAGAACAUUUAAUUAUGGUGGUAUGUUUUCUAUAAAUCUGAGAGGUUUUUGACAUGGAAAUUUUGUUACAAUUGAUUUUCCAGACUAAAAGUAAUUCUUCAGUGCCUCCUAUUGAUCUUUGGAACUUCCUUCUGUUAAGUUUUAGCUGGAGGAAUUUUAGAAAUCCUGUGGCCCUCCUGACUUACUUUUCAGAUGUAAAAACUGAGGCCUAGAAAUGUAACUUUUGCCUAAGUCACAUUGGAACCAAAACCCACAACUCCAGAUUUUUUUUUUUAACUGCCUUAAAAUUUUUAUUUUAUUUAAUUUUAAUUUAAUUUAAUUUUUUUGAGACAGGGUCUCAUUGUGUCACCUAGGGUGGAGUGCAGUGGCACAAUCAUGUCUCACUGUAGCCCCUAUCUCUCGGGCUCAAGCCAUUCUCUUACCUUAGCCUCCUGAGUAGCUGGGACUAUAAGCACGUGCCACCAUGCCUGGCUAAUUUUUCUAAAUGUAUUUUGUAAAUAGGGUUUCCCUAUGUUGCCCAGGUUGGUCUCGAACUUCUAGCCUCAAGCAAUCCUCCUACCUUGGCUUCCCAAAGUUCUGGGAUUACUUUUGAGCACCUUACUUUUGAGAUGGAAAGCUAGGUGGUAUCUCCACUUAACAUGAGAAUUGAGAUAUCAGAUCAUCUUUGAGGUAUGUCAAAUUGAAUAUAUAUACAACUCAAGUUUCUAGACAUCUAGUUUCCCCCUCAUUUCUCAGAAUCACUAUUUUUCUCCUAGCCAAGAGAAAAAAUAGUUUUAAAAUAAGCAUGUACCCUUACCAGUAUUACUACUAAGGAUAAUCAGUGCUAGUUUUUAAGAAUUGGUGCACAGGCCAAGGAUGGAUGAGUCAGAUUUUUUUUCUCAGUUGAGCUAUAUCAUCCCUUCCUAGUAGUCAGUUAUGGAAAUAUUUAUCCUACUAUUAAUGAAAAAAUGGGCUUAGAUGACUAUGAAGUUAAUCUCUAAGGCCCUGACUUUAAAUUUAUAGAAUAUAUAUAUAUUUUUAACAUACUUUUCAGAAAGAUAACAGCUGAAAGUAAUUGGCCUCUUGGUUAUAUGAAUUAUGUAUUUAGACGUAAUGUAUUAUUGGAAGAAAUUUCUUUUUAAAUACCAGAAUGAUAAAAAUUAUUAGGGCUUUCUGUAGAAUCAGGACUGAAAUGAUAGGAGAAAAUAAUUUUUUUGAGAUAGACAUUUGGAAUUUUUGUAUUUUGUUGGCCACUCAUUUUGUUCAGUUUCCUAAGACUAGAAAGCAAUCCUGCCUUUCCUAAUUUUGUUUCAUCAAAGUUUUUUGGGGUUUAUGUGUCUAAUCUUUACAUUAAUUGUAGUGUAUGUUCUUCUGUUUCUUUUUCUGUGCCCCUUCCACAGAUGUGCAACUUUCACAUACUUUUAUUUUUUUUUCGUAGAAAAAAGCAAAUGAAUCAUUAUUAGGAAGAAGGCACAUCUUUAAGGUUAGGUUCAAAGUCAGCAUAUGCAUGAAAAUAGCGUAUAAUAAAAAUGUUCAUUCAGAGUUCUCUAAAUGCUCAAAGUGUAUUAACGUGUGAUUUUGCAUAUAUCGCAUAUGUGAGUUAAAUUAUUUAUAAUUUUAUAUAGAGGUUCUAUUAACAAAUUAUUCAGGGUCAUGUUCAUUUAUGAACAUUUCAAUUUACUGAUUCUUUUUGUUUCUUAUCAUCUUUAUUUACUGUUGAUGAUUUUAUCGGUUCCUUUCUUAGUUAUUUAAUGGUUUUCUGUUGUCUUUAGAUUUUUUCUUGAAUACCUUGAGGAACUGUCACCAUCCACUCAACCUGGCCCCUUGAAUAAUUUUUAUAUAUAAUAUAAAAAGAUAUAAAUUGUGUCCUCAAUACAGUAAACUUGGAGAGGGUGUGGAGAAGUUAGAGUUUUUGUAUGUGAUUGAAAUUAAAUUUUUAUCAGCUUACAACAGUCUAUUAUAACUACAAGAUGACUUAUAUACAUUGCAUGGGAAAAAACCCUGUAGUAAAUACACAAAAGAUAAAGAGAAAGCAUCUAACUACCCAAAAAAAAAAAAAAAAAAAAAAAAAUCACAAAGGGAGACAUUGAGAGAGGAUGAAAGAAGUAGAGCAACUACAAGAUAGUCAGAAAACAACAAAAUGACAAUGGAAUUCUAAUGAAUCAUUGAUUGACCAGCACUAUUUUACCAGUUGGAAUGAAUUAUCAGAAAUGGGCAUAGUACUUUUAGAUCCAACAUGUAACAGAUGGAUGUUACUCCUUGCUGAAUAUUUCUUUAAGCCAACACUGUUUUGAUUGUGUAGGAUCUUUAUCUCUUCAUCCUUGAAUUCAAUUACUGGAAAAUAAAAGGAGUUCAUGUAGUUUUUGUCCAGGCUUGAGUCACCAUGAGUAGUAGUUUAGGAAAAGAAAAAGACUCUAAAGAAAAAGAUCCCAAAGUACCAUCAGCCAAGGAAAGAGAAAAGGAGGCAAAAGCCUCUGGAGGUUUUGGGAAAGAGAGCAAAGAAAAAGAACCUAAGACCAAAGGGAAAGAUGCCAAAGAUGGAAAGAAGGACUCCAGUGCUGCCCAGCCAGGGGUGGCAUUUUCAGUUGACAAUACGAUCAAAAGGCCAAACCCAGCACCUGGGACUAGAAAAAAAUCCAGCAAUGCAGAGGUGAUUAAAGAGCUCAACAAAUGCCGAGAAGAGAAUUCAAUGCGUUUGGACUUAUCCAAGAGAUCAAUACACAUAUUGCCAUCAUCAAUCAAAGAGUUGACUCAAUUAACAGAACUUUAUUUAUACAGUAACAAAUUGCAGUCCCUCCCAGCAGAGGUGGGCUGUUUAGUAAAUCUCAUGACACUGGCUCUAAGUGAAAAUUCACUUACCAGUUUGCCUGACUCUCUUGAUAACUUGAAGAAGCUGCGGAUGCUUGAUUUACGGCAUAAUAAACUGAGAGAAAUUCCUUCAGUGGUGUAUAGGCUGGAUUCUCUCACCACUCUUUACCUUCGCUUUAAUCGUAUAACUACUGUGGAAAAGGACAUAAAAAACUUGUCAAAACUCAGCAUGCUUAGCAUUCGAGAGAACAAAAUUAAACAACUACCUGCUGAAAUUGGUGAAUUAUGUAACCUCAUUACGCUGGAUGUAGCUCACAAUCAACUUGAACACCUUCCAAAGGAGAUUGGAAACUGUACACAGAUAACCAACCUUGACUUGCAGCACAAUGAACUGCUAGACCUCCCAGAUACUAUAGGAAACCUGUCCAGUUUAAGUCGUCUUGGUCUGAGAUAUAACAGACUGUCAGCAAUACCCAGAUCAUUAGCAAAAUGCAGUGCACUUGAAGAAUUAAAUUUAGAGAACAAUAACAUUUCUACUUUACCAGAGAGUCUUUUAUCAAGUCUUGUGAAAUUGAAUAGUUUGACCUUAGCUAGAAAUUGCUUCCAGUUAUAUCCAGUGGGUGGUCCAUCUCAGUUUUCCACCAUCUAUUCCCUCAAUAUGGAACACAAUCGAAUCAAUAAAAUUCCAUUUGGAAUUUUCUCCAGAGCAAAAGUAUUAAGUAAGCUGAAUAUGAAGGACAAUCAGUUAACAUCACUUCCCUUGGAUUUUGGAACUUGGACCAGUAUGGUAGAAUUGAAUUUAGCCACUAAUCAGCUCACAAAGAUCCCUGAAGAUGUGUCUGGUCUCGUUUCUCUUGAGGUUCUUAUCUUAUCAAACAAUCUUCUAAAGAAGCUUCCCCAUGGUCUUGGAAACCUUAGGAAGUUAAGAGAGUUGGACCUAGAAGAGAACAAAUUGGAAUCCUUGCCAAAUGAAAUUGCAUAUCUUAAGGAUUUACAGAAAUUAGUCUUGACAAACAACCAGUUGACCACUCUUCCCAGGGGCAUUGGUCAUCUUACCAAUCUCACACAUCUGGGCCUUGGAGAGAACCUGCUUACUCACCUUCCUGAAGAAAUUGGUACACUGGAGAACCUAGAAGAACUGUAUUUGAAUGACAACCCUAAUCUGCAUAGCCUUCCCUUUGAGCUGGCACUCUGCAGCAAGCUUUCAAUCAUGAGUAUUGAGAACUGUCCACUCAGUCACCUUCCACCUCAGAUUGUUGCUGGGGGGCCUUCUUUCAUCAUUCAGUUCCUAAAGAUGCAGGGUCCAUAUCGUGCCAUGGUCUGAUACAAAUCUGCUGAUCCCACACACUGUUCAAAAAUAGACUGCCAUUAAUGUUUCUUAUCUAUAUCUGUAUCUAUUUAUGUAGAUAUUGAUAUAUGGCAGAUUUAUAAAGAUUGCAUUAUGUGUUUCUGCUAAUAGAGGAAUCAUAGCCAUUUAGAAUUUUUUUAAAAUUCUGUACAAAAGGCUUAUAUAAGUUUUCUUUGCCGAAUUUGAUGGAUGUUUUUCUGUUGUAUAAUCUGAUAUGCCAGUUUGCUUAAAACAUUUGCCAACAAGUUAUGAAGUUAUUAAAUUUAAGGGACAGAGGUAGUAUAGUUAGAUAUACUUUCUCUUAGGAAAAAUAAUGGGCAAAUAAUUUUGUUGCAACUUUUCAUAUAUUCCCCUUACCAAUUGUUGUAUCUUUUUAGUAUUGUAGUCCCUGAAGGUAGAAUUUUUCUUUAACUUAUUUUGAGAUUUGAGAUUUAAAUUUUAUGUAUUGUUUACAGUCAGAGUAAAUCACUGGAUUUUUUUGUUUGUUUUGAUUUGCUCUGUUUUAUUCAGUCAAAUCUAGAGUUUGUAUCCUCUGCUAAAGAAUUUGCAUCAACUGGUUUAAAUAGUGAAAGGUGUUUGCUUGUUAAAAAACAAAAAAGCUGGCAAAGUGAAAAGACAUGGUCAGAAAUCUAGAGUUUCUUUAAUUGUGCUUCUCUUAUGGGUUGUGAAGCAAAAGACCUGAAGUGAGUCUUUGGGUAGGGGAAGGGUAUUGAGACCUUUUCUAGUAUGAAUAUUUUUUAAGUUGGGGGGAAGAGAAACUUGUAGUGAAAAAGAGUUUUUUUCAUUCCUGAAAGUUGCAGAUCCACAAAAACUAACAGGAUAAUUUGGCAAAUAAAUAAAUUACAUAUAAACAGACACAAUCUAUAUAUGUAUAUACAAUGCUAUAUAGAUAUGUAUUUAUUAUAUCAUAAACUACAGUAGGUAACUUUAAGGAUUUCUUCCUAUCCUUGUACAAUGACAUGAAUGUCUUUGAAAACUGCAAUAUAUGUAUGUUUCAAGGUUAUUUAACAGUGUACUAUGGUUUUAUAUCUUGACUUGCCUUGUACAUCUUUCAAUUCUGGAAUAUCUGUGUCUAAGCACAAUAUCUUCACACUGUGCUAUAUUGCUGCUGAACUAAAUGCACUUUUCCCCACAUGUGGGGCACUGGCUUCAAACAAUUCGGUUCAGUAUCAUUACUUUUAAUCUCAUCUUUCCUUUCUUGGUAGUUGUUAAUACAGUUACGGAAAAGAGGCACAUUGCAUAGAAGCCAUUGGGGAGUUCAGUGGAAGUUCUGUAAGAUGUGCAUGUACUAUUUGAUAUAUUUUCUUUCGCUUCACUGCUUUUAGUACUUAGCAGUAUUGUUGGUCUAAGUCAAUUUGAUUAUUGAGGAGACUCAGAGCGAGUGUGUUCUAGAUGUCAUCCUAAAAAACACUUCCCAUAUAAUUAAUAGCUAUUUUGUAUAAUUACAUAUUGCUGCUUGGUUGUUUUUUUUCCCCCCCAUUUAGUUGGGUGUUGUGUUUUACACAAAACUAUUUUUGAAUUAAGGCUAUGAUACUAAGAAAUUUGGACUGUUGUUCUGCUUUUCCUGGCACUCAAAAUCAUGAUUAGGUUUGAGGUCAAACCUAUGUUCGUAAUUGGAGGUUUUAUAAGAAUCAGUUGAGAAAUGGAAGGCAGGUGAAGAUAUAAAACCCUAGAAUGCUUAAAUGUGCUGUAAAACUAUUGUAGAUGUCACUGGAUUUUACCAAGUAAUAUCCUUUCUUCUUUUUUUUUCCAUCUACUGUGGCUUUUCAGUUAAAAUUUUGUUUAUAAAAGGAAUUUCUUUAUUACAGCUCUACCUAGAGCCUGUGUGUGUGUGUGUGGUUUUUUAAAUCCCGUAUUCAGUUUUGUUUAUAUAUUAAGAUGAUGGAACUUGAACUUUAAAGAUAGUAACUAAAUGUCUUUUCUU